UGUUCCUAUGGGGACCAGGCUGAAAGCGAAAGCCUUCUGAGAGAGAGAGAGCAGCUCGACCUACAGUUCCAACAACGUGUCCAUCUCAUUUUCUCCUCAGUCGAUGUAUGCCAGGCGUUCUCUCCGCUCUGAGUUUCUUAAUUGGCAAUACUGUACAUCCAAACGACACCAGGACAUCUCAAGUCAAGGACCAUCCCAUACGGCAUUUCUUGAACCAAAACAAGUGUAAAUCUGCUGGACCUGGUCGACUGCACUGCGACUACGACCGCUCCCAGUCAGUCCUCAGACAUCACCAUGGAGAAGUAUGAGAAGAUGGGGAAGAUCGGGGAGGGGUCCUACGGUGUGGUGUUCAAGUGCAGGAACAGGGACACGGGACAGAUCGUUGCCAUCAAGAAGUUUGUGGAGUCUGAAGACGACCCCGUCAUUAAGAGGAUCGCUCUGAGAGAGAUUAGGAUGCUGAAGCAACUAAAGCACUCCAACCUUGUGAACCUGAUUGAGGUGUUCAGGCGUAAACGUAAGCUACACCUGGUGUUUGAGUACUGUGAUCACACCGUCCUCAACGAGCUGGACCGAUACCCCAGAGGUGUUCCAGAACAUCUGGUAAAAAGCAUCACCUGGCAGACGCUCCAGGCUGUCAACUUCUGUCAUAAACAGAACUGCAUCCACAGAGACGUGAAGCCAGAGAAUAUCCUCAUCACUAAACAGCAGGUCAUUAAGCUCUGUGACUUCGGAUUCGCCAGGAUCCUCACCGGUCCAUGUGACUACUACACAGACUAUGUGGCAACGCGAUGGUACCGGGCCCCUGAGCUGCUAGUGGGUGAUACUCAGUAUGGAGCCCCUGUUGAUGUCUGGGCGCUGGGCUGUGUCUUCUCUGAGCUGCUCUCUGGCAUCCCCCUCUGGCCCGGCAAGUCAGACAUGGAUCAGCUCUACCUCAUCAGGAAGACACUGGGAGACCUGAUCCCCCGCCACCAGCAGGUAUUCAAUAAGAACCAGUUCUUCAGUGGAGUCUGCAUCCCAGAGCCCCAGGAAAUGGAAACUCUGGAACUGAAAUACCCCAACCUGUCAUAUCAAGCACUGAGUCUGAUGAAGGGCUGCCUGCGUAUGGACCCGUCGGAGCGGCUGGCCUGUGAGCAGCUUCUGGAGCACCCGUACUUCGACAGCCAACGGGAGAAGAGCGAGAGCACCGACCGCUCCACCAAGAAGAGGUCACGCCUCCUGCCCCGCAAACACCUCCCACCUGGGAUCUGUAAGGUGGAACUUGGAAGCAUUAAGGUGGAAGCUCCAUGCAAAUUGGGACCAGCUGUCAGAGAUGGCAAAAUGCUGUACAAACAAUUGAAGUAUUUGCCUCAGCUCACCAGCAGCAGUAUCUUCCCAGCUCUGGACAACAAGAAGUACUAUACCAACCUGAGGAAAUUCAACUACCACUUCCCUAACAUCUAAAUCCACCAUUUUGGAUCGGAAAUUCAACUACCACUACCCUAACAUCUAAAUCCACCAUUUUGGAUCUGAAUGGUCCAGUCGCACAUUCAUCAACAUUUACCGUGUUCACGGUGCUAGUUAGAACUAGGAAACUGAAAUGUCCAACUUGCUAUAGUUUUAGACGUGUCGCGUACCAUGAAUCAACAAGUGGGACAUUUCUGAAUUUCCUAGUUCCGACUAGCAUGUGAACACGGCAAUAUUCUGGUCAGCUCAGGAACCAGGAAGUGAAUCACAACGUGGAAGGACCAGGGAGAAGUCCUUGUGUCUUGUGAUGUCAUUCUAUGCACUAUGUCAACUUCUUUUUUUUUCUACUGAAAGACAAUUUUAUUAUGUGGUGUUGCCUCCAUUGAAGGCGUAUUUUGUAUAUCUAUAUAAUGACAAGGAACAGCCUAGUGCUCAGCUGGUAGAUUGAGGUCGUCUUUCAGGCAGACUAUGUUGUCACGGCGCCGGUCGGGCACCAGAUUGCUAGAACAUAUGUGGUUGAUCUGAUAGGGAAAAUACCUAUCCAGACAUUGUGAGAUCUGGUAUGCGUCUGCAACGUUAGUCAACCUGGGAACACAGACAGAUACUUGUGUAGAACAGAGGGAGUACCAUAGCCUACUGCCUUGACUGGUUUUGCCAAAUGUUAUUUGUUUGUGUUUAAAAAAAAUAAAAUAAUAAAUGAGCGAGACAGUUGACAUUUUUUUGGUAGUGAAUUGAUUUGCAUUUUGUUAAAAAUAUUGAUUUUCUCAGAAGUAGGUUUGAGUCAUUUGUAAAGAGGAGAAAUGUAACAGAAGGUGAAAGGUCAGCUCGGCUUUUAUUUUAUUGGACAGAAAUUGUUUAUAAGCAAUUGUCUGAAAUGAUCAGAUCAGCCUCAACGUACCUGUGGAUUAAAUACAGUAAGGGUUCUAUUCAGUCUAGAUCUCUGAAGCGAUGUGCACUGAACAAAAAUAUACAUGUAAAGUGUGUUUCAUGAGCUGAAAUAAAAGAUCCCAGAAAUGUUC